AUGCCCAUAUUUCAUGAUCCCCAUGAUACUCCGUCUCGGCCGGUGAACUCGUGUCAGGCGCCAUCCGUUGGACAUGCAAGAGUAGGACAGCCAGAAUAUGCCCUGGAAGAGCAAGUGAUGCAAACCUGGUCCUCUGAAGUAGCGCCUGUAUCAGCCAUGCCAGCCAAGGUCGACCCAGAUGCUGCCCCUAGCGAUGUUCUCCUACCAAGCACGCUCGACCGGAUCGAAUUGAUAGACCGACUCAAGAGAGCGAAGAGCCCACCAUGGCUGCAGCGACGUAGUGAAGAGCGAUAUUUUGACCGCGAUGGCCGACCGUCUUCACGAGACCGCCCUCGAACUCCUCUCGCCAAUGCUGGAGGCUCUCAAGCCUCGCCUACCUCCACUCCUGAGCCCUUGCGAGAUCUCGCAGCAGCCGGCCAAGCGAUCGAGCGACCAAGAUCAGCAUUACACUCUGGUGACUUCAGGGCACCCAAGGACAGUCCUACAUCUGGCAAUGGGCCGUCAUCUGCAGGUUCUUUGUCGACUUCACCUGUAGUUCCAUGGCAUCGGUCUUUUUCAGCCGCCGCAAAAUCAGCCGUUAGGAACGAGCCAUUCGUCUUCAGCUAUGCGCCCAGCAAUGAAGCUCGUUCAAUCUCGCGCGCACGGGCAACAUCACAAUGUUCGGGUAACUCGUUUGCCUUCCUUCCUCCAACUAGCCCUUUGGUUCAACAGGCAAACAAUACAGACCUCGAUCCCUCCUCCAGACCAGGAUCGCGACAGGGCUCCAGAAGUCCCGAGAGAAAUAACAGGCGACAUACCUUUUCGCCUAAAUCCUUCCAGGACUACAGGUCCACUGAGAUGGCUCGUUCUGCUUCCGGUACACCAGCAGCUCGCCAUCUACGACAUACAAACUCUAUUCCUUAUCAAGCGCAUCAGCCACGGCGUUCUUCCAUUUACAGCCAAUAUCAACCACAAUCGAAUCCUGCGACACCAUUUCUGAGCCCCCGAAGACCAUCAUUUUCUUCUGAAGCAUCCCCGCUUCAGCAUGCGCCUAUGGUAGGCUCAUACGAAGAAUCUAUAUUAAGAGGGCGCAUGUCAACAACACCCUCCCGACCUUUAGAUUUCGUCGCCAAGAUUGGUGUAUUGGGUAAAGGACAAUGCAAGCCGAGUCUAAAGUGUCCGCCACAUGUCACAGUUCCAUUUCCUGCGGUCUUUUACAGCUACAAUACUGGCAAUGGCAGGAUUUCAGAUAAUGAACCGAGUCCAUAUGUAGGCCUUAUAGAUCUGGAACAUUCGUUACCACAGCCGACCGAAAGUACCGAUACCAGCAAACGUCCGCGAAGGCAUCAUGCCACAUCCGACCUAGGGACCGAGACUGCCGACUUCCGCUUACAAUUGGGGGACGAGCUUUCAGGCCAAAGUUUGAGACAAGAAGCUCGGAGGAAGGAAAAGAGGAAGAGACGCUCAACCUCGCCGAGAGCACCACCAGGUGGUAGCUAUCGAAUACCAGCCCAAGGCCAACUUCAGAUUGUACUAAAGAACCCCAACAAGACAGCGGUGAAGUUGUUUCUUGUACCUUACGAUCUUUCGGACAUGGAGGCCGGCCAAAAGACCUUUAUCCGGCAACGCAGCUACUCGGCUGGGCCAAUAAUCGAUAUGCCCACCUCUUCCAGAAAAAAUUACGGCACAGACAGACCGGAAGCUGCCCUAAGCAACUCGGAUGAUCCCAACGAUCGUCCUAUUCUUCGCUACCUAAUACAUCUGCACAUCUGCUGUCCUUCAAAGGGCCGCUACUACCUGUAUAAGAGCAUUCGCGUGGUUUUCGCCAAUCGAGUUCCUGAUGGAAAAGAGAAGCUUCGAAAUGAGAUCCAGCUCCCUGAGCCAAAAUACAGCGUGUACAAGCCGACGCGGGAUGUGACUACAGCACACACUCCAUCAUCAUUAGGAUCACAACUCGUUGCCGAAAAAGAUCACCGUCGUCGUAGUGCAGGAUGGCCACUCUCACACUCGCAACACGCAUACGACCGCAUGGACGGCCUGCAGGCAAAUACAUCUCUACCUCCACCAUCCGUUCACUUAUAUCCACUCAGUACAUCCGCAUCCAGUAGUUUGGGGUCAGCCAUGCCAAACCUGCAACCCAUACCCUUCAGCCUGUCUCGACUAGCUGCAAUUGAGUCGCGACCCGUUUCGCGCGAUCAAAUGGACAUAGAUCCGCAGAGUUCCUUCAAGACACCGGUGCAGUCGCCAAGGAGUCCCUUUGGUCAGACAGAGGGUACUUUCGAAAAGCUCAACAAGGGUGAUGUCGGUUACGGUGGCAAUGCAUUCUCUCCGGUCAGUAGCCCCAGCACUCCACUCAGCGCAGGCCUUUUAUCUCAACGUUUGCGCGGACUCGAUGUUCAGCACGUUGAAGAGAGUAACCCUUCCUGA